AUGAUGGGGCUGGCCUUCUGCAGUGCAUUCCUCUUCGCUCUCCAGCUGGGAACGGCGUCGUCCAUCUGCCAGGAAGCUGAUUGCGAAGUCACACCCGAUUGGUUCAUUUCGGCGGACGAAUCGGAGACAAGCGCUGACCUUCCCCGCAACGUGAUCGUGCUGUUCGAUGGCAGCGGCAAGAACAGAGACAGGGAGACGCCCAAGGAAUGGGGGAACAUUCCACUCAUAGCAGACAGCAUCGACCCCUUCAUAGCGGGUAGGGGUGUGUGACAUCGUCCAAAUGACCCACUCAAACGCUGGAUGGGUGGCAUGAAUGCAUGUAGGUGGGCAGCAGUUGGUCAAGUAUCACCGUGGCGUCGGCAGGGAGAAGUUCAGCGAGCCGAAAGAGCUGUUUGCGUUCAUGACCGGAGCAGGGUUCGUCAAAAGCGUCUUGGACGCAAUCGAGUGGCUCAUGGACAUUGGGCUGACGAAGGAGGACAGACUGUUCAUGUUUGGCUUCUCUCGAGGGGCGCUGCAGGCCCGGCUCCUCCAAGGUGAUGCCCGAAGACCUGACGUAUCAAUCUCAUGUCUCUAUCUCGAUCACGCAGGGCUCCUCUUCACGUUUGGCCUUCCGGCUGACAAGAAGAAUGAACUUGCCUUCCUCCAAGAGAAAAAGUCCGAUCUGGUCCAGAAGUUCGCGUACUUACAUGAGGACGGACCAGGCACGGAGUACAUGGCGGACGAUGAGCGGAAGAGGGACACUCACUUUGUCGGUCUCUUUGACGCCGUGGCCGACACAGUCGCACUGCUCUACAACGUCCAGAGUACACUCGGAAGGAUGCUCACGUCUCACUUCUGAACGUGGAUCUGUCCUGGUUGUCGGCUGCAGGGCUGGUCCUCGAUAUUGCACCGACAACGAAAUAUGUCUACCAUGCCAUGUCUCUGGAUGAGUGAGUGGGCGGCAAUGGUGCACAACUUAACACUUAUACAUUACAGAGACAUACGUCUGUGUGCCCUGCGCUUCUCGUGCAGGCUUCGGGGGACUUUCGAGGCGUUUCCCAUCACUUUCGAUCCGUCUGCCUAUGCCACAAGCCGGCCGACAAACAGGACAGCAAAGGCACAGGUGGGGUGAGUCCCUCUCAAAGGCGACGCCGCAUCUCCAUCGCCCAUUGUGCCAUCAGGUGCCGCACAUCGAAAACCUCUGGUUUGAAGGUGAUCACAAGGACGUUGGCGGUGGCCUCGACGACAUCGAUCGCAUCGCCGACAUACCUCUCAGGCAAGCCAAAGGUCCACAACAGAUCAUGGAAGCUUUGCGUUGACAGGGGUCUCUUUGCCUGUCUGCCUCUCACUUCGAUCAGGUGGAUGCUACAGAAAGCGGAGUCUGCGGGUCUAAAGCUGACGGCCAAUUGGCAGAAGAGCAUCCCUCCGUACAUGGAACUCGUCGCCGCGAAAGCUCAUAACGAGUCAAAACUAAAGCAGUGGCAGGUGAGUGGAGGAAGAACUAACAGCUAUUGCCUUUGCAUGCCAGUGUGUUUGUUUCAGGACAUCCAAUGGCAAGGUCGGUGCCACCGAGGCCAUAUGUGUGGGCAUAAACACAGGUUCUGUCUGUGCGUGAGCAGGUCCCUUGGUUGGGAAGGUCUGGGACGACAUGAGAAAGCAGGCUGUCGAAACGAGGCCACGAUGGGCGUUCAAGUGCUCUGCUUCUGGCGGGAAUGUCCUGAAGAUGGCAAGACCGCUGCUGCAUCGAUCCGUCCUCGACCGCUUCCAUCUCCGGUAGGCGCACACACACACAAGUAAUGCGUGUCUGUACAUGUCUCUCUCCGUUUCUGUGUGUGUCUGGCCGAUCGAUGCGAUCGAUCAGGAUGGAGUUGCCUCGGCCGUUGUGCUGCCAGCAGUUCCGCCUUCUCGACAGGCCGCUGUACUCGGACGAGAAAGUCAAUGAGCCAACCGAUCAUGUGGCCAACACGAUCCGCUUCGUCCCGAAGGAGACACGUCCGGACGGCCUCAAGAAAUACGACAUCGAGACCAAGACGACCGGUGGCACACUGAUGAUCUACCAUGUGCUGUUCACGCCCGCCGAGCCCGCCGUCCCCAUCAAGUUUCCCGACGACACGUGGCAUGCCGUCUCCGAUUCGCCUACCUGCCAGGACCCCCAGUUGCUGUUCGCGUGCUGUGUGAGGGAGCGCAUGAGGCCGACGUGCAGUGUGGACGAGUUGCAAGGCGGGAUGGCGAGAUUCAAGAAAGCCGAGAGUGAGAGAGAACAGCUGUGCAAGGGAAGACCCCGUUGA